AUGCCUUUACUGAAGAAAUCGAAUCCAACGGAAGUGCACAUUUCAACAAGCCGUGAUCUCGUGCAACGCACACUUGUCUUCCGCAACACCACCGGCAAAGACUUCCUUCUCAAACUGAUUGCCUCGAGCGACGCGAUCUCGUUCCCGACGAACGUUUUCCGUUUCCCACCACUCUCGCAUCGCGUCAUUCAGUUCCGUGUCGCCUCGUCGAAACUUUCGCAAUGGGACAAGAGCAAACUGUCGAUUAAAGGAUACGUGGUGCCGGUGUACGCCAAGAAUCUCAAGCAGUUUAUCGAUCAAAAGACAACGGUUGGGACCACGUGCCAGGAGGCGUUCGCCCUGUCUGUGAAGUUCACUGAUCAGUUCUCGGCUCCACAAACUAUCAUCAACUUGCCAGGAAGUGCCACGUGUAUCGAGUCGACGGACCAUCCGGUGGAUGUGGAAGAGUUGGAUACUGCGACCGCAGUUAAUAUUGAGAGAGAUGUGGUCACCGCCGCCCCCAUUGGCUCAUUGAUGGGAUUCGUUGAGGAGUACAAGAAGGGACAAAAGACCAAGGGAUGCUGGCUGUCGAACUACAUUUGCGGAGGACCAGCUGCUGAUAAGGAGAAGCCAUCGAUGCGAUCCCGUCGCUCGUCUCGCUCAUCGAAUCGUUCGGCCAAGAGUCAGACAAGCUGCCGUUCGCAAGCCCUUAAGAAGAAUAAGGAUGUGAAUGUGUGUCUCGAGGCGACUCCAUGCGGUGGUUCGACCAUCCAGGCAUAG